GACUUUGAUAGGGGUAGAGGUACAAGGAAAUCUGCUUCUUCUGAUGACUUGUAUCAUUUUGCCUUAAUCCAAAAUAAAUCUUCGAGCAUCUAUUCAGGCUAUCAUGUGUUGAUUUCUUGUUGCAUUUCUCCUUUCUACAGUAAAUAUUUUAUUUCCAGGAUGAUCCUUCUGUUGGAGAUAACAACUUUCUCAAGCCUCCUCUAUUAGAUGUUUUGUCUGCUUAUAAUGGGUUGUUUAUUUCCCGAAGUGUAUGUCUUAUUUGGUUUGCAGUUUUCUUAGCUCUGUGUACUUGAGGCAGUGGGAGGGGCUGCAGACCAUGUGACUGGUUCAGUGACUGUUUAAAAUGCAGUUUAAAAGGAUGACAGUUGAGGAAUGACAGUUGAGACUUGAGUCAGUUUGAAUAAGAAGUCAGUGUAAGAAGUUGAGGAAUGCCUGUUAAGGCUUGAGUCCCUUGGAAUUAGACUGUUAUGAAAAGAUAGCUGCACAUUGCAAUAGUUUUGGAGAGCCUGAUAAAGACUAUAAGUUAAAGAUACAAACUGAAACAUUUUAAAGUUUAACCUGACAAGAAAUGUGCCUGUAUAUUUAAGUACAUGAAGUUGUGAGUAAAACAAACAUUUUAUUUUAAAGAAGUAUACUUGAAUCUUUGUCUGCUUUGAGAACUUUGAAUAGAAACAAGAUACUUAUGUGCCCAGUGAUCAUUCAUUAGCCAAUAAACUAAAGGAACAUUUCUAAAACUUUGCUACCCAAUAGGUUAUGAGUCUAAGAGGUCAUAAUCCAAAUCCCAAUACCUUCAGAUUAGAACCUUGUUCUCAAAAAUUAUCAGAACUAACAAGUUUGCCAAAAACUUUCACUAGAGUUUUACUGCUUGCAUAGACUGGCCACUGGUCAAAGGACAUUUAAUAGAAUGCCAAGUUUGCAAACUUUGUUUUUUUUUAAUACUAUACAACUGUUUGGUUCGUUCCUGACAUGAUAAAUAAAUAAAAAGGCUGGUCAGACACUUAGCAUUUUUCCAUCAUAAGUCUUGCUAACUGAAUGGAUACUCAUCAAAACUUAUAAGAUCAUUCUGAGAGUUCUCCAACUGCUAUUGCAAUUGGUGCACCAGGGAAAACUGUAAAAAAAUUGCCAGACCCAGAUGAGCUAUUUAGUUUUAACUGUAAUGCUUCAGACUUUUAUUCAUUCUCUUCUACUUCCUAGCCAUUCAGCUACUUUACUCAGGAGUAAACUGGUCAUAUUUGGGGGCCAGAGGACUUCUACAUAUCUGAAUGACACCCACAUCUUGGAUCUAGGUUUCAUGGAGUACUCCUCAGUUCCUUUUCUGUCUGGACUACCAUGUGCUCGCAGUUUCCAUGCUGCCAUUCCAGUAUCGGAUCAAAAAGUACUAAUAAGCGGGGGCUGCAAUGCUAAAGGUGCAUUCCAGGAUGCAUUCAUCUUUAACCUGGGUACUUUGACUUGGAACACAAUCAAGCAUGGAGACCUUUGCUCCGUCCCCCGGGCAGGCCACACACUUCUCAACUUGACCUACGCUCAUCUGACGGAUGUGGAUAAGGAGAACCAGGUGAAGCAUAACCUGUGUGCAGUAUUGGUCUUUGGCGGGUCUGACUGUGCCGGCAAGUUCUACAACAGUACCAGUAAGCUCCAGCUAGACCUGGAGGAGGUGAAAGGGGUCCCUUAGUGUCCAUUCUGAACUACUGGAAAUUCUAUAACAGGAUGGAGAACAGGAAGAAGAGAAGGACUUUGGGCUUCUAAAGAUGGAGGUAGGGGAAGGAAAGACUGAGAUUGAUAAAACAGUGAUAAUCACUUUGAUAAUCCUUAUUGGAGACACAAAGUGAGUUACCAAAAGGUCUGACAGAUUGAGCUUUUUUUUGAACUUAUUGUCAUUUUAAUAGUUUUUUUGCAAUCUCACUAUUGCAAAGUAUUUCAUCUCUCUCUAAUCAUAGGUGUAGGAUAGCAAAGGGCUAGGAUCAUGGCAAAUUUGAAAGACCAUUAUCCAAUCCUAGAUUGAUAAUAUCUCAGCUCUUCACUUUGUGUUUAAAAAAGGGAGAAGCCUCCAGAAAAUGAAUGGUAAAUACUCCACACUAAAUUUAAAUAAAGGGAGAAGCCUUCAGAAAAUGAAUGGUAAAUACGCCACACCAAAUUUAAGAGGAUCAAGGCUAGUAAUAUUGGACAUAGCUAGGAAAUCCUUAAGUCUGACUUUCUUUAAUAUGUGUCUGUUCUUCUUCAUGUUCAUCUUCUGUUUCUCCUUAGUCUCCUUUCCUAAGUCUUUACCACCUGCCAAUUCAGAGAUAUCUGCAUUUGCGUAAGAUUGCAACCCAAAUUGUUAAUAAAGCAUGCAAAGUAUUGUUGAUUUGAUUAUUAAAUGGCAGCGAAGAAUAGCAAGCACACUUUCAGAAACUACCAUGAUCUUGUAAAUAAACAGAAUUUACAUAGGUCAAUGGUUCAUUUGAUUUCUGUACAUAACUUUUUCUUACAGUUCUGAAGAAAGGUGUGCUUGCCUUUCCAAAGGGAAAAAAAAGACUACAACUCUUGUUAAUUUUUGAAAGAUUUAUAAUUGCUGCCGUUUCUUUUUUGCUAUACAAAUAGAGUAAAAAAGGUAUAGGCAUUGUGUCUCUAUAUUGGGGGAAAAGCAGGAUAAAAUACAGUUAAUAAAAAUAA